AUGGACACUCCAUCUGAGGAUGAUCCCUUCUUCACCACUCUUUUACAAAGUGGAGGAGAAGGCUGUAAUGACAUUCCAACAUAUGAGCAAUAUUCUAAUGUUUUGGUCCAAACAACUCCCCUUCACGGUGAAAAGAGGCCUCCGGCAAAAAAAGUUCAAAGAGGUGCAUCUUUCACUGUAGAGGAGGAUAAUGUACUUGUCUCCGGUUGGCUCAACAUUAGUAUUGAUGCCAUACGGGGUACUGAUCAAAAAUCCACUCAAAUGUGGGACAGAAUUUCUGAGUUUUAUCACGAGUAUAAAAAACCAAAUACUGUGAACCGUUCGAUAGGGUCAUUGAUCAAUCGUUGGUCCAUGAUCCAGAAAUGCACAAACAAGUUUUGUGCAUUUCUAGCGCAAGUAGAAUCAUUGCACCCAAGUGGUGCGACCGAGCAAGAUAAGAUUGAAAAAGCAAAAAUAAUGUACAAAGAGAUAGAGAAAUCUAACUUCACACUAGAUCAUUGUUGGUGUCUUUUGAGACACCAACCCAAAUGGCAGCAACACAUGAUCUCAUUGAAUACGAGGAGAAGACCACAUGAUAAACGUCCAGCUAAUGAGCAAUCAAGUGAAGUUGUCGACAACGUUGUGGAGGAGAACAUUGAGAGGCCUCCAGGCAAAAAAGCUGAGAAAGAUAACUUGAGGAAGCGGAAGGCCCAACAAUCAUGUGAUGCUGACUUCAACGGUGCGUUAGAAAAAAUGACCGAUGAUAGACGACUGUUCAUGGCCGAGAGGAGAGCACAAGUGACGAAGUCUGAUCAACUUAGAGUUGCACAACUAGAACUUGAUAAGAGAAAGUUUGAGGCGGAGAUGAUGAGUAAGGAUCUUUCUAACAUGACUGUCAUGCAACAAGCAUAUUUCCAUAAUAUUCAGAAGAAGAUUUAUGAGAACUCUUUGAAUGACGAAGAUCUGUUUGACACAUCUCCAUCCACACCUCAUGGAGAUGUGUAA